AUGUGUAUUGUAUUUAUUUAUCGUAAUCCUGAUGCUGAUUCUCAGUCCUAUCGAUUAAUUGUGGCCUCGAAUCGGGAUGAACAUUUUAAACGUCCUGCAUUAUUAGCUCACUAUUGGGAAAAUCAUCCAGAAUGUUUGGGAGGUACAGAUAUGGAAGUUGGUAAAGAAGGUGGAACAUGGUUCGCUCUAUCGAUAAAAGGAAAGGCUGGUGUGGUUUUAAAUUUACCUAAUGAAGAAGGUUUAAUUAAUAGUCCUAAAACGGGUCGAGGUUACUUAAUAUGCAAUUUCAUUAUUUCAAAUGAUUCUGCAAUUUCAUAUUUAAAUAAGUUACACAAAGAAAAUAAAAACAAUCAACCAUAUAAUUCAUAUGCUUUGAUUUUGAUUGAUUUGCACAAUGCAGAUGUGCACUGUCUCAGUAGUUCUGUAAAAUCACAAGGACCCUUUACAAGUCCAGACACAUUGUUUGGUUUUAGUAAUAGUAACUUUGAUACUCCUCUCAAAAAGGUUGAAGAGGGGAAAAAAAAGUUCAGAAAUAUUGUUAACAAUACUAAAGUGUCGAAGCAAGCAGAGCUUAUUGAAGAAUUGUUAAAGUUUCUGAAAUCAGAAGAAAGAUAUUUACCGGAUCCAGAGUUGCAACGACGGUGUCCAACAAAAUAUGAAGAACUUAGUUCAGUUUUUAUAAGUGGCAAAGAAUACUGUACAAGAACUCAUUCUUUAUUACUAAUUAAUGGGAACAAUGAAAUAACAUUUGUUGAAGAAACGCUUAUGCCAGAUUUAACAUGGAAAAGACAAAUAUUUAAUAACAAU